CUGUGUUCCCAUUGCUGAGGAAGAAAUAGAAAGAAAAUAGAAGUUGCAGAUGCAUUGGCUGUUAAGAUGAAGGGGAAGGGGAAACAGGGAGGGGAUUACAAGGUGGGGAAUCGAAACCUCACCAUCAAGGUGAAAGUUCAGGCUCAGAUCCUCUGGAUAGCAGACAUCCACAUUAGGCAUUAGGCCCUGUUGCCGCUUUCUGCUGAGCUCCAUCUCUUUCUGGAGCCAGUCUAGUAUUUUGAUUAUCUGAACAGGACUCUGGUUGGGUAUGUCGGGCCCUAAGCAACUAGUCACUUGUAGUAUAGUGUAUCAAAUUGACUAGAGGCUUCAUAGACAUCAUGCAAUUUUGUAUUGUACAGUUUUUGAUAACGUAACUUCCUCAUGCAUAUACACAACUCUUAUUGGAUAUCCUGCUCAUCAUUAUCCCUUAAUCUUGCGUACGUCAUAGAGUGCAUGUAAGAUAGGUGUAUACGGUUCUUGUCCGUCAUUAUCUUUUUGGGGCGUGACAAAUGUGGUUCCGGAUUCACGAAAGUGAUGCAAAGCACAUUUAUAACCAACAGCAAAUGCAUAGAACCAUAGCGGAAGCUGCUCAUGGUUCAAUGAAAGAUCCCGCAGCUAGCUGGCUACUUGAAAGACAGAUGCUUCUGAAGCAAAGAUUCCUAAAAAGGCCAGACGACCAAAAGAGAGCAAACACAAUAAGCAAGCCAAGAUUCAAAGAGUGGGCAAAAUUGGCGCGGAAAGUUUAAAUAUGCAGGUCAUUGCAAAUCAGAUGAUUGUGCAAAUCUGCAAGAGAUGGAUGUGAUAAGGAAGGAGAUACACAGCUCACAUCAUGGAAAGACAAUUUGGGGUUGAACCAAAUCAAUUUUGAUGAGUCUGCCAUGCCAGUGCCAGUUUGCUCUUGUACUGGGACUCCACAGCGAUGCUAUAAAUGGGGUCAUGGUGGGUGGCAGUCAGUCAGCCUGCUGCACGACUACUAUAUCUGUGUAUCCAUUACCUCAAAUAUCAAACAAACGCUAUUCCCGGGUGGGUGGCCGAAAGAUGAGUGGUGGUGCCUUGAGUAAAUUGCUUAAUCGUCUUGCUGCUUCAAGGUUAUGACCUGUCUAUUCCACUUGACCUGAAGGAUCAUUGGGCUAAACAUGGCACAAACCGCUACAGCACAUUGAAAUAGCUUCCGUGUGCGCGUUGAAUUGGGACCUCACAAUAUGGAGAAGGCAUUGUCGGGAAAAGUGUGUUAUGGAUGAAAGGAAGUGUACUUUAAUACUGUGCAGGAGAAAUACCCCUAAUAGCUAUUCCUUUCACAUUUUUUGAGCUGUGUCCAUCUCAGAGUUCCAAUUCAUCUUAUCAGAAUGGCCUCAUAUCAUGUACUGUACUUUUGCUUUCAUCAAAAUAUGUUGUAAUGAAUAUGUUGAUUUGGGUGACAAAUAGCUUUGUUGCCUAGACAGCGAAAACAGCAAUUUCUGUAUAUCACUUGUUUCCUCACAUUACCAUAACAAACCUCAGUUAUUGCUUCUACAGAAAAUCAAUGUAUGAACAAGUCGCGAGGGAGGAGCAAUAUAUAUAUAUACAAAAUAGAUGUAGUAACUUGUCGUUCAGCUUUAGCAAUUGUUGCUGUAUGUAUGACUCGGAAAAUAAGAAAUCUGUCCAUAUGGCAUGCCUCAUUGCCUCUUAUUACCUCUCUGUUUUGUGCUUCCGAGGAAAAGACAGCUCACAAGUAUUUCUUCAGAGUCCAAUCAAUGAGAUCACCACAGUUUCUGAGCGUGUAGAAGGCGUUGAUCCUAUAUUGGAGAAGCUAAAAAAAAAUCUCUCAAAAUUGCUUCCUCCAAUUCGGAAAUCGCCGCCGGCUGAGAGUAGCUUGACGCAUAUUCUAACAUCCUCCACUUCCAAUAAAGGAAGGUUGAACUUGGGGUGUUAAAAGGGAGGUUGACGGAAGUAAUCAGUAACUGUGAUGCACAUUGUGCAAGAGAAUUGAUGCAGAGGGAACAGAAUCACUUCGAUCAUCUAUCAAAUCAUUUACAGCAGCAUCCUCUGAUUCAGUAAGCAAUAGUAGCGGCAGUAUACAAACUCUCCAGGCUGAAACAGAUGAGAAGCAAUAGCGCAGAGGCUGGGUUGAAGCUUAUAAAAGUACCUGUGUCCCCAGUGUUACAUAACUUAGUUUGAGCAUCAUGACCUAUAGUUGUGUCCAACUGACCGAUAGUUCAAGAGCAUACAGGAAGCAUAGUCAGAAAAUUAAUUGCAUCGGAAGCACGUGGCUGGCUACUCAUUCAUUGGCACUUGAAAUUUUAGAUUUAUCAAUUUGUUUCUUUAUUUAAUUUUAUUUUUACGAGAUUGUGUGGAUUUGAGAAUGGACAUUGUGUUUCUUUUCCUGAUGGAAAAGGGGUUAAAGACAGAGACAUGUAUUUAUGCUGUUUGGUUUCUCGAUCCAGAACUGGUGACCCAUGUUGUAUAGCUCCUCCAUGAUUGAAACAUCACUCACUAAUUAUCAAAGGUGACUGAAGUACUAGUCUGCUACAUAAGUUGUUUUCAAAAA